AAACCCGCGCGCGUGAUAGCUAUCCAUCAAGCCACACGCAUGUCCUUAUCGCAGCUGCCUCGGUCGAGAGCGAAUCUCCUUCCCAGCGCAUGGGGCUCAAUUUGAACCCAUGAGAUAUCAUUUGGAGUCCUAGAUGACGGCGACCCAUUUGAAAACCCGAUCGAAUUAGCAAGAAUUUAUACUCCCACGCUCUCAAAUCACUCGAUUCCACGCUCUUCUGCUUCAAAUUUGAGCUGGGGUUCUGUUAAUUUAGGGGUUUUUUCCCCGCUUUCCCUCACUUGGGGUUCUUCUGUUCCUUCUGAUUCUAUGUUUUGGGGCCUAAUUUUUAGCUGGGGUAAUUUGUUUCAUGCUUGGAGUUUGUGUGGCUGCGAGUACGAGAAAGUGAUGUAGCAGGGAACUAAGAACGAGGACUUCGCUGCCGUUUGGAAAGAACUUUGCUCGUUUAAGAACAAGUGGUGAUUGGGUAUGGCGACCCCAGUUGAGCCUCCAAAUGGGGUUAGAUCUCAAGGAAAGCAUUACUAUUCAAUGUGGCAGACAUUGUUUGAGAUUGAUACUAAAUAUGUACCCAUCAAGCCUAUUGGGCGAGGGGCAUAUGGCAUAGUGUGUUCUUCUGUGAAUAGGGAAACCAAUGAGAAAGUUGCUAUAAAGAGGAUACAUAAUGCGUUCGAGAAUCGUAUCGAUGCCCUCCGAACGUUGCGUGAAUUGAAGCUCCUUAGACAUCUUCGGCACGAAAACGUCAUAUGUUUGAAAGAUGUGAUGAUGCCUAUCCAUAGGAGAAGCUUCAAAGAUGUUUAUUUGGUUUAUGAGCUGAUGGAUACUGAUUUACAUCAGAUUAUUAAGUCUUCUCAAAUGCUUACCAAUGAUCACUGCCAGUAUUUUCUCUUUCAGUUGCUCCGAGGACUAAAGUAUCUGCAUUCUGCGAACAUCCUACACCGGGACUUGAAGCCGGGGAACCUCCUUGUCAACGCAAAUUGUGACCUUAAGAUAUGCGAUUUCGGGUUAGCACGAACGAGCAAUGGAAAGAACCAGUUUAUGACAGAGUAUGUCGUAACUCGCUGGUAUCGAGCCCCAGAACUGCUGCUCUGCUGUGAGAACUACGGGACAUCGAUCGAUGUGUGGUCUGUAGGAUGCAUCUUUGCCGAGCUUCUCGGUAGGAAACCUAUCUUCCCCGGUACAGAAUGUUUGAAUCAACUCAAAUUGAUAAUUAACAUAUUGGGUAGCCAAAGAGAGGAAGAUCUUGAGUUCAUAGACAAUCAAAAGGCAAGGAGGUAUAUAAAAUCCCUCCCAUACUCUCCAGGGGCUCCUUUGUACCAUCUUUAUCCGAACGCUCAUCCUCUUGCAAUCGAUCUGCUACAAAAGAUGCUCGUUUUCGACCCAUCGAAGAGGAUUAGUGUAACCGAAGCAUUGCAACAUCCUUUCAUGUCGCCACUGUAUGAUCCGAACAUCAAUCCUCCAGCUCAGGUCCCGAUCGAUCUUGACAUAGACGAGGAGCUAGGUGAAGAAAUGAUACGAGAGAUGAUGUGGAAAGAAAUGCUUCAUUACCAUCCCGAAGAUCUGGAAAAACAUGCUGAAAUGACAUGUUUUCAUCCCGAACCUACUUCGAGUAGUACUGCGGUGUAUUCUUGACCAAAUCUCGUUUUGAUCCAGUUUCGAGGCCUUGGAACGUGGUGAUGGCUGUCCCAUUUCGUUCAUGUAUCGAAUAGCUCGGUAAGUAUCUAGUAACUUUCUUCUGCUGACCUGCCCGCGUCGCCUAGGGAGAAUGAUGGUCCUGUAAUAAUUAAUAAUCUAGAAACAAGCAUGCACCUGAGGUUUUUCUGUUACAGCAUGUCUGUCUGUCUGGUAUACAAGAACCUUGUUUGGUUGGUCUUAGGUAUGCUGGUUUGGAUUAUGGAACAUGUUUCUGUCUGUGAAUUAGAAUGUUUCUUAGAUGCUGUUUUGCUUGCAAGGUAACGUUUUGAUUGUUGAUCUA